AAAUUAAUCGUAUUUAUAAUUUAUAAUCUGUCUUCAAUGGCCGCGAGAGGAAUUCUGUUGUGAAUCCCAAGAGUGCAAAUUGUAAAUCGCUUAUCUCGCAUUAAAACAAUCAAUUAGUUAUUUAUUUACAAAGGAGAUAUGUGACUAGUGCUUGGUGUUAGAAAUUAGAAGUGACUAACCACAAUGGACGUAGACGAUUCGGCGGUGGACCUGAGCGUCAGGGCAUUGCCACCUGAAUUGAGCGAGCUGAGAGCUUUGACGGCCAGUGGGCUUACUAUCACACCUGCACAACCACCACCACAUGGCGCCAGCGGCAAGCGGGUGCUUCGCCCACGAUCUGAACAGCGUAGUUAUGCGGAGAGCCCUGAUAUCGUGUUGUUGCCGGCCGCGCCGCCGCAUCGCAAACCGUCUAUGCCGACUCCUGCGCCUUUUACAGACGUGAGCAGUAAACUGAACUCGGGCGGUGUGAACGUGUCAAUAACCCCAAGCACGCUCCCCGCGCCCGCGCCCGAGUCGCCCCGCGACCCGCGCGACGACGAGGACUCGGAGGAGGACGAGAAUGAACCGCCGCUGCCCAUACCUGGACAUAGAGAAUUAUCAAGCGCAGAAAUAUGGGAGCGCGAGCGUCGUCUGCGCACGUUGCGCGAAAAACUGCGCGCUGAAGAAACGCGACUCGUGUUACUGCGGAAACUGCGCCAGAGCCAGCAGGCUACCGGAUUGCCGCCCGCUAAGGAUUCUACAACAGGCACAGCAUUGGCCGGCAGCGGCUGCGUGGUGCCGCCCGGCGUCACCGUCACGCCCGCGCCGCCGCCCGCACACCAGCAGACCAAGCGCACGAACAGCGCCGCGGCGGCAGCCCCGGGCUCUGGGAGCUCGUCACGCCGCACGUCCAGCCUGCCCGGCGGCGCCACCCUCACGCCCGGGCCUUACCGCUCACAGUCAUCAACAAGCGGCGGUGCCAGCAUAACGCCUUCAGUGACAAUAACUCCGGCACCACCGCCAGCGAGCUCACAUGCUUCCUCCAAUAAGCAACCUCAGGACACGUCGUCGGUGACCAGUAGCACGAGUGACGCAGCGAGCUCCCGUAGUUCUGAGGAUACCCAGACUCCCGCGCAGCGUCAGGCCGCCGCUAAACUGGCUCUGCGGAAACAACUCGAGAAGACCCUAUUGCAGAUCCCCCCUCCCAAACCCCCACCGCCGGAGAUGAACUUCAUCCCGUCGCCUAGCAACACCGACUUUGUUUAUCUGGUCGGACUCGAGCAUGUCGUCGACUAUCUCACUAAUGAAGACCGUAUGCCGCGGUCGUCAGUACCGGCUGUAUGUGCGCAGUGCGGCUGCGACUUCACGCCGGUGUGGCGCUGGGAGCGCGGCGCGGGGGCGGCGGCUCGACGUCACGACGCCACCUUCACGCCCGCGCCGCCGCCGCCCUCCGCGCGCCGCCUCUGCGAGCUCUGCGUCAGCGGGAACGUCAAGCGAGCGCUCAAGGCGGAACACACGGCGCGGCUGAAGACGGCAUUCGUCCGCGCGUUACAGCAAGAACAGGAGAUCGAGCGCCGCCUCGCCGCGCCCACCGCGUCGCCGCCGCCCACACCCGCCGCGCCGCCCGCGCACGCGCCGCCCGCACACCAGCCGCCGCCCGCACAUGCGCACCGACCGCUGCAGAUGUCGGUGUCUCGCAGCUCAUCACGUGGCGGGUCUACCUCGUCCCCCGCACCCGGCAAGACGCCCGCCCCACCUGCGCCCAGAGCUCUGUCGUCAUCGGACUCGCUACGUAGCCACCACUCGGAUCGCUCCAGAGAAACCAGUGAAGUGCCAGCCAAGAAAGGAAAAGGAUCUUCUUCAAGUAGUACCAGUCAAAAUAGUAGCAGUAGUAAGCAGCAUCAGCAAUUGGCAGCAGCCGCAGCGGCACAGAUGGCGUUUGAGCAGCACAGCGCAGCCGCCAUGCAGGCUCUGCAACACCAACUACUCAGAGGUAGUCUAUCAGGCGCCGGUGGAACCUCAGGAAUGUCACCAGCAGCGGCAGCCGCGGCCAUGAUGCAGUUCUCUCCUCUCAUCUACACGUACCAGCUAGCCAUGGCCCAGGCCUCGGCGCUAGGUAAGCGUUCCGGCAAGGGCUCGGGCUCGAGCUCGGGCGCCGCCAUGCAGGAGAUGCAGCGCGUGGCCGAGGCGCAGCGCCAGUACCUGCUCGACAUGAUCCCCGGACAGCAUCCCCGCAACCCCUGGACUAAGAACUAG